AUGGCGGAUCUAAAAGGCAGUGCACUGGUUAUUUUGGCCGAAGGUGCUGAAGAAAUGGAAGCAGUGAUCACCACAGACGUGCUUCGGCGUGGGAAGGUAUCUUGGCGUAUUUACCAGUUAAAGUUGUUUUGUCUUGAUAUUUUUGACCAACCAGUUGGAUUUUACUAAAACAAUUAUUCCUGUCGCCCUCAUGGCCUCUGAUUCAAUAGCCCAUUGGGCCUCAUGGGCUGACUUAGAGCCCAUUCGGGCUCGAGGAAUAAUUGUUAAAUAUUCAAGGAUAGUUUGUGUCAAAAGCCCUCACUCGCUCGUACCUCGCUCGUUCGGAUUUUGACACAAACAACGAGUGAAUAUAAUCCUGUACAAAGCGCUCUCUAUGACGUGAGCUGUUUGUUACACAUGUCAGAAGAAUUUUCACUGAAAUAGUUUGCUUAAUGUAACACAUAAGCUUAUUACUAAGAGCAAAUCACAGAUACUGAGAACCAAAUGCAAAUUUAAUAGCAAUGGUAAAUCUCGCAGCACAUCCUAAGUCCUCAUCGUGCUGAAGUACGUUACAAGAGACAGACCUCAGCGAUGUGGGCUCAUAUUAUUGUUCUCCGUCUUUCUGUCGACCUCCAAGUAGAAAAUUGGCGAUUAACACGACGAGAUCUCUUGCCUCAAUAUUUUCCAAUUCUCUCUGCUCGUUCCUUGAAACUAAAAACUUUUUCAAUAACGAAACAUCUCUCUGUGGUUUGCUUAAUAUGUUCUUGUUUCUUUGAUGCUGCACAAACUCUUCUAACAAGCAACCAGCCGACACAACCUGUUAUUUUUUCCUUCUCUCUUUCUGAAAAAAAUUGGAGGUGCUGCUAAAAAGCUGCCAAAUCUGGAAAGCCAUUUGAAUGCAAGUUUGAUGAACGGCUCUGAUUGGCUAAAGGCAGGAGCCCAUCAAAUGGAGCCUCCAUCUCCCAUACAAGCCCUUGGAGUCAACCCUUUCCCGAGUAGAUUUAUAAUUAGAACGGUUCCCAGGGGAGACCUCGCGCGCCAAUGGUGGGAAGAGCCAAUCACAAUGAUGAAAUGACACUGCUAUUGUACUUCACCAAACAGCAGGAAAUUCGUUGUUGACAGGCCAAACACAAUCAUAAGCUAGUCAAACGUGACUUUAGCGUUUUCAUCCCUCAGAGAUGUUCUUUUUUUUUCUUUCUAGCGGGUAGAUUAUACCGUGGAGAGUUUUAAACUCUGACUAUGUUAAUCUUAAUUUUGGUUGCUUGUCUCACAUUAAGAGGCCAUGAAGCUGGUCUGUUACAUGCAUGAUGAUUAACUACUACCUGCAGUCUGUAGUUCUGACAGGAUUCGUUUUCUUUAGCUAAUUUUUUUGAGCGUUAAGGUUCUUAUUUCGGCUAAAAGACUCAAUAUUAAUCAAAUUUCUAGUUUUUCAAGGUUUUUUUUUUCCGAAAUGUGUUUAUCUGAAUAAAUACUUGUAGUCCUUGUGGUUGUUUUGUCCGUCAGCUAGUGUGAUGAUUCCCUGCUAUGUUUUGUAAUGCCGCGUCCAGCCAUUGUCUUCGCGCAAAAAAGUGAUUUACAGAUGCGAAUUCGAAGGAAGGAAUUGAGCCUAAACGUCUACAUUAACUGCUGAGAAUUGUCCUGUCAGUCAGUCAUAAUUCUUUUGGCGCAGAUACAAUCCAUUUUGUUUUUCUUGAGAUAAGAGGGUCUUUGAACUGGAGCGCGAUGUCACAAAUUCCUCCGUUAGCAAAUUACUUUUGAGUUAGCUUCACGGUUGAGCAACUGUUGUCUUCUGUUCAACUUUUCAAGUGCCAGUUUUAUCAGGCAACUCUCAUGGUGAUACAAGUCAGUUGUAAAGGAAGACUGCAAUUUCUAAAAUGUCGGAACUGAAGUAUUCCUUGUUAGUUGCUACUUAGGUCAUCGCUUUUGCACGCGGUGCUUAACUCGCGAAAUCCACUCCACGGUGAUGUCAAAAAUCAAAUGAUCCUAGCACUUUUUCGGCGCUGAUCAUCGAAAAGUUCCAAAUCAUCCACAGAACGCUUAAUCGUCGACUCUUUUCAAGGUACAUGCUUAAAUGUGGGAUGUAUGACGGCAAAAAAAAACACACUCGCAAAGAUAACCUUUCCGUGAUCCUCAGUUCGCUGCCUUUGUCCCAUCGCUUCAUGCUCAGUCUCAGUCGGGUAAUUCAUUAACUUUUAUUUCAUGAUACCCAGAUCCCAGCGGCUGUAAAAUUGUAAAAAUGGACAUAAAGGAAAAAAGGAAAAUGAUCGAAGGACGGGCUUCUGAGUUCGACUGCAUCCAAUUUUAUUUUCUCACGGUGACACACGAGACUCACGGAAAUAUGACACUUUUUGCGGGAAACUAGCCUUUCUAUUUAUAAAUCUACUCGGGAAAGGGUUGACUCAAGAAAUUAAUGGAGAUGGAGGCUCCGUUUGAUGGGCUCCUGCUAAAGGGCAUUUACACUGUCGUUGAUUGGUUAUACGUCCACAUGUGAAAACAGCUGAACGCCAUUCUGAUUUGCUGUAUAAGCUUUUCUCACAUGUGAAAAUAAAGCAUAUAGAUUUCUACAAAUAAGCUUUACGAAAUAAAAUUCUCGUGAUACGUGUAAUAAAUAAGCUUAAUAAUUAUUUGUAAGCUUAGUUAGGAAGACCUUAGAUAACAAUGACCUCAACCAGGUUUACGUCCAACAAUUUUAGUGAAAACAAGGGAUUGGGUGGGGUGCUCAGUCUCGUGGACUCAUAAAACCUGGUCAUGGUCAUUCUUAUUUAAGGAUUUUCACUUAAUUAAGCUUACUUGAUUAAUUUUAUCCAAUCCGGCCACCCAAAAGGUGGAUAACACUAAAAACCAAAGAAAUCUCUAUCUGCUGGAUAGUUUAGUUGGUUUCCCUAAUACUUACCGUAUUUAUUCACUUAUAAGAAGCACCAUUUUUUAGAAGAAAAUAUGCUUGUUUGAUCAAAAUCUGCUCAAAACUCGGGGUGCGUCUUAUAACCGAGUAUUUUCGCGCAACAAAAUAUAACUUUUCCAAAUUUCUCAAAUAAAUAAUGCUAAACUGAAAUGACUAUGGCUCUGAAAAGAACCGUUUGUUUGAAAGCUCGGCUGAGCUCAGCUACUGGUCGUCCUCGCCUUCGCUGUCUGUCUCGAACUCAUUGUCGAUCGGCUCUUCUGCGUCUUCUGCUUCUUCUUCCUCGUCGUCCCAAACCGCAUCAUCUUCAGUUCCAUCGAGAGCAAAGGGAGCAAAGAGCGAACGUGCUAAAAAGUACAUGCUUGAAAUGAUUGACGUCAGAAACAAUUGAACAAAUUCCUAACCUCGCUCUCACGAAAUGAGGCAAACGUGACUACAAAUCGUUCGAUAAAAUUGUCAUGGCCGCUAUUAAAUACUCCGAAAACGAUAAAGGAAAAAUAACAAACCUUCGUCCAUCCAGGCCUUCUUGUGUACAGAAACCUGCAUUCUCCUGGCAUAUUCCAUAUUCGCGAGCAAUUUCACGGUUGUUGUUCACGGCUUCUGCUUCUGCUAUGAUCUUCAACUUGAAGUUUAGAUCAUAGGAAUGACGACGAGUGCUUGGCAUAAUUACUGAAAAUUUUCCUGUAGUUCUGGGUGUGCCUUAUAACAGGGUAUUUAGGUGAAAUUUUGAUUUUGCUUACUUGUCACAAUCGUCUUCGAAAGUUUAGGGUGCGUCUUAUAACCGAGUGCGCCUUAUAAGUGAAUAAAUACGGUAUCUACUGGAUAGUGAUUUACCCGGUGGAUAGCACUUUCCAGGGUUUUAGGGGUAUCCAGUAGCUUUUGAAUGACUGCCAACUGUGCCCAGCAGUGAGUGGGUUGGUGGGUUGGUAGGUGUGGCUCUUUAGAUGCAAAAAAGGGACAGUACUUAGGGGUCAGACUUCCGAUUACAGUUAUUUCUCUUUUAGUUGAUGUCCUAUUGAUUGUUAGUUUUAUGGGAAAUUCACACAGAUGCAAGAAAUCUUUAAAUAUAGCAUGCAUUUGAAUAUUUUGUAAUGUAGUUGUUACAUAUUAAAGUUUUAAUUAACUUGACAAAUUAAAGAGUAUUUAUCAGAAUGGUUUUAAUUUGUUGAUUUUGUUUCAGGUUAAGACAGUGGUUGGAGGUCUUGCUGGUGCAGAUCCUGUCACAUGCAGUCGAUAUGUUGUGGUCAAACCAGAUAUGAGUUUAGAGGAUGCCAUUAAGCAGGUAGGAGGUAACAUGUAAGAAAAAGGAAAAUUUGUCUUCUUUCUUAGAAAAAGAGUCCCUUAGAAGUUGCCUGGAAUCGUCUAAAACAGAAUACUUUCAGUCCAACUGGAAAAGUUUUGGGGAAACAAGUCCGCAUUUGAAGCUGGACCAGUUGUCUGUUUUGGACCUGUCUUAACCCAUUUGCCCCGAAUCACCCAUAGCUGCCCCUCCAGAUUCCACAUCCCUUCUACUGCCUGUGACAUCCUCAGUUUUAAUGGCCAAGGACAACUUUGUCCGCUAACUUGUGCAGGGUGAAGAGAUCUUUCAAACCAUACCAGAAUGAGCAUGAUUCAGUCAAGGAGACUGGAGAAAAAGGAAAAAAAAAACAUGUAACAUUGACCCAAAAACUUCCAUGAAAAUCCUGUUUCACUACCCACCUACCUUUCCUUUCAUCUAAUUCCAAAAUCCUAAAAGCUUUCCCAAAAACUAUUCCCAGCAAAGUAAAGCUUAAUGAAUUCCCAGCAAAAGAAAAAAAAAUGGGGCAAGAAAAGUGAAUUUAUGAAGAGGAGAGGAAAAAAAAAUGGAAAGAAAAAAGUAAAGACUGCUGUGCCACUUUUCAACCCAAAAACUAUCUUGACAUUUUGCUUUUUGCGUAUGCUCAAAGUUCGCAAGCUAACAUUUUGCAUCUGGAUCAGAAGGCUGGGAAGUGUAUGACCUGUAAACAGCUUUGUGGUAAGUUUUACGUAGCUCUUUAUAGUCAAACAAUGACUUAAGAAAACUGCUCAACCAGCUUCCAAACGUCUUUUUUGGCAAAAUUCCCGGGAGCAAAUGGGUUAACACAUUAUAGGUGCCAUUCUAUAACUAUUUUUUUAAUUUUUGACCAUUCCCUUUAUCAAGACCAAAACUUUUGGAAAUUCAAAUUGAAAUUGAAAAUCAGUUUUCUUUGACAUGUGUACACACCUCAUAAGAAACAUGGAGCACAAGAUGAACAGUGCUUGAAAGGGAGAACACAGCAAGGGAAGAGGGAAUGUUUGUUUGAUAGAAUAAAGUUUUACUUUUAUUUUUAGGGUCCAUAUGAUGCUGUUAUUUUGCCUGGUGGAUUAGGAGGAUCUAACAACCUUGCUAAGGUAUUUAUAUUUGCUAAUUUUAAAUGAAAAUUUUGAGAGCUGAUGAGAGUUAAAGGCUUACUUUAAUUCUGGUUGAUUAAUUUUAGUCUGCCAAAGUUAAAGAGAUUCUCCAGGAACAAGAGCAAAGUGGAAGAAUAAUUGGAGCAAUUUGUGCUGGUAAAGAGAAUUUACUGUCACAGUGAUAAAAGGCCUAGGUGUAAACUCUGGUAAAGUGGCCCUUUUUUGUUCUUCUUCUUUUUAAUGUACUUGAAACAUCUAGAGAAUAAUCUGUCAAAAAUUUAUUAGUAACAUUCUGGAAAUUGUAAUCAAGUCGACAAAUUCUUAGAAUUAGAAUUUGCCAGGGUUUUUCGCUCUCUGAAUUUAAGAUGACUUGAAUCUGAUAUGAGCCAGAUAGCAGCAAUUUAUUAUAAAAAUAUUAUUGUGCAAGUGAUCAGAAAAUAUUUUUAAAGGCCCCUUGGGAUCCCUUUAAUACUUUGCUGUCAGGCUCAGCUUAACAGUUUUAGAUGUAUCCUCAAAUUUUAUGAGGCACCCUUAGUCUAACUGUAUUAUGAAGUUAGAAGUCUACAACCUCUCUGAGUUUAGGAAUGAUAAGAUUGCAGCUGGAACUAUUCAGAACUGGAACAAUCUUACGAGGUAGAGCGAUUUUCGUAUGACCUUGAAAAAUGAUUUUGGUAAGUGUUUGUUAUUUGCCUUAUCCGACAAAGAAAACCCUACUGUGGAUCGAGGAGAAGGCAUUGUUCGAUUGGACAAUCGUGUUGCAAUACAGGUAAGACGUCAAAGUGAAGUAUCAAUUGAUUUAAAGAAAGUUCUUCGGGCAUGAAGUUUUUUCACCCGUGUGUUUGCUAACCAACCAAAAGCCAGGCACAUUUGUUCGAGUGUUUUCAUUUCAAUUUCAAACGAAAAUCGCUCUUACCCUAUAACACUGUUGCAGGUGGCUAAUGGACAAGCCCACCUCUAAAUAUAAUAAUUGAAGCCUAAUUAAUAAUCCAUAAAUGCAAAAGGUAUUUUGAUCAGCACUACUAUAGCUAAAGCUUGUUGCCUUAGCUGAGUGCUUUUUCUAUUCCGGUUAUCAGUGUUCUCCUUAUCAGGUGGUAACUGGUAAAAUUUACCCCUUGAAGCAACACUUCUUACAGCCUGCAACUGCUUUAACUGUUACUAAACAUAUUAAGAGGCAGUCUCCCUAAAAGCGGUCCACUCGAUUUCGCGACAAAAAAUACUUUUCCUUUAUUUUUGUCGGUGAAGAGGCUUUAGUAGGUAUAUACUAAAAUCGCUAUUUUUGUUUUCAAAUUCUUAUUCUUAGCUCUGCUACAAGCCAAAAACGAAUUGAGUCCGUCUCGGCUUCUCAGAGAGUAUUUCAAAGACUGAAAUUGAUAGAUUUUGAAAAGCGCGUUGCAAACAAACGAAUGCCCGCACAAAAAAUCUGUUCCAUUCAGUUUCUUAAGUUAACCUUCGAUAGUUCACAGGCUAAAUUAAAAUAUCUUUGAUCAAAACGUGUUAAAGUUACAGUGGUUCAAAGAAUACCUAUUUUGCAGGCUUAAUCCAAACCCUGAAAGUAAGGAAGAUUUGAGGAAAAAUAUCUCAAAAGUUGCGGCCUAAAUCUGGUUUAAAAAUCAUAUCAAAGUAAAGUUGGAAGCUUAUUUUUUUGGUUUAUAGGCUCAGACUUGUGGGUAUCUUCUGGGAUUGCAACCAACAGUAGAUUAUAAUCUUCCAUUUUGCGUAUUUGCAUAAUUACUGGCCGUGUCAGAUGUCAUGAUUGUACAGAUUAAAAGUUCAAUGAAAUUGCCUCUUUUCACACUUGAAUUCGUCUCCGGCCUCUAAAAGAAAGUAACUAAGCUUCUUUUAGUACUUUUGAAUCGAGAGAGAUAUACUAACAGGGAUGGUCAUGCAUGUUACUGAUUACCACGAUCAACUGGCGGGCGCCGUCGUCUUGUAACUACCUGCACUGAAGAGUAAACAAUGUUUUUAAUAGAAUUCUCUGAAUAAGAAGUUGAUCCAAGCUCUCUAAGAAAUGAAAAUAAAUAUCACUACCCCGGGAUACAAAACAUGUACAAGAAAGGCAACGUAGAAUUUUAAGUUCUUUCUGCAAUUUCAGAGUGAAUUUCACCGCGGUGUAUAAAUUAUUGUCAGGCUGUUUAAAAACGUUUGACGCACAACAAAAACAAUUAGUCGUUUACCGUUUUAUCUGUUCUCGGUAAAUAAGACGCUUACCUUUACUUUCGAUUCUUGAUGGAAGA